AGUAGACAGUCUUUGUAUUCUAUUGAAAGUAAUCAAUAUAAAACGUGUAAUAAUUCACAAUAUGAAAAUGAUCAAAAACAAAGAUAUUUAAAAUCAGUGAAUGAUGAUUGUUUCGAUAAUUCUUCAUACAAAAUAAAUCACUUUGGUAAAAAGAAUUGGGUAAAGUGCAAAAUAUCAGGUAAACUUGAAGAAGAUUUAUCAAAUUCAAAUAUGUCUAUAUUGAAAAGCAGUUCCACUGGAACAAAUGACACAGAGCUUACAGAAAUUAAACCUUUGACUGAAGCAGAAAUGAAUAGAUUGGGUGCAAAAAUUGUUAAAGCUGAAAUAAUGGGUAAUAUUAAACUCGCCAAUGAAUUAAAAAUUCAAUUAAAAAGAGCUAGAGAAAUUACAAAAAGUACUAAAUCAUGCAGCACAGAUCAGGUCCAAAAUAUAAUUCUUACACAAACUGAUAUAAAAGGUAUUACAAGACCAUUAGAACCAAGAAAUAAUCUUAUGGAAUCUUCACAAAGUAUUAAACGGAAGAGUAUGGAGACAUAUGUUUCCGGAAAGAAAGUGCGGCAUUAUUUUGAUGAUGAUAAAUAUUCACUGCAAAGAUUAUUUCAGAAAGAAAAGGGAAGAUCUACAAAUGAAGAUGAUGCAGCAUUUCUUAAGGUUGCUUGUAAGAAUGUUGAUAUGGAUGAGAUAUUUGAAGAACAUAUUACUCAUAUUAAGUCAGAUGCAAAACAAAAUGAAAAAGAUCGCUUACUUGCUAUUAAGGAAGAUAAACAUUUUUCAAAAUGUUUGGAUAAUUGUAAUUGGUGUAUUGAUUCCAAAUAUAUGUUGAAACAUAUGAUCGUUACAAUGGAUUCUGAAAUAUGUUUAAGUCUUCCACGACACACAUCUCUAACUGUUGGACAUUGUAUAAUAACACCUAUAUAUCAUAUUGCUUGCCAAUUACAAUUAGAUGAAAAUGUUUGGGAAAAAUUAAAGAUGUUUAAACGAGCUUUAUAUAAAAUGUUCAUAGAUCAAAAUCAAUAUCCAGUGUUUUACGAAAUUUACAAGAAUCGUAACAAAUUUUCACAUAUGCAGUUAGAAUGUGUUCCCCUAACAAAAGAAAUUGGUGAAUUAGCACCAAUAUAUUUUAAGAAAGCUUUAUUAGAAUGUGAAACAGAAUGGUCAAUGAAUAAAAAAGUGAUUGAUCUUGAACAUAAAAAUGUACGUCAAGCUGUUCCAAAUGGUCUAUCAUAUUUUAUGGUAGAAUUUGAAACAAAUAAAGGUUAUGCUCAUAUUAUCGAGGACGAGCAUAUGUUUCCAAAAAAUUUUGCAGAGGAAAUUAUAGGUGGCAUGUUAGAUCUAAAUCAUGAUAUAUGGAGGAAACCAAGAAAAGAAAAUCUAGAUCAGCAACGUGAAAAAGUCUUAAAAUUUUCAGAAAUAUGGAAAAAGUAUGAAUUUGAAAUAAAAAAUUAUAAUUAA